AUGCGAGGUACGGGGAAAACGGUGGCAUGUGGAGGGACUAGAGGCGGGGUAAGUGGGGGGGGUGAUUUGGGGAAGAAGAAAUUGCACUGGAAGCAGAAGAAAGCGAUGGAAGAAAGGAAGCAAGCGGACGAGGAGAAGGGAAGGAAAACGGGAGAAACUGGGGAGGCGGAUGAGGGGAAGAAGAAAUUGCACUGGAAGCAGAAGAAAGCGAUGGAAGAAAAGAAGCAAGCAGACGAGAAGAGAAAGAAAGAGGGGGAAACCAGGGAGGCGGAUUUGGGGAAGAAAUUGCACUGGAAGCAGAGGAAAGCGAUGAAAGAAAAGAGGCAAGCGGAUGAGGGGAAGGGAAAGCAAGCGGGAGAAACUGAGGAGGCGGAUGAGGGGAAGAGGAAAUUGCAUUGGAGGCAGAAGAAAGCGAUGGAAGAAAAGAGGAAAGCGGAUGAGGGGAAGUUAAAGCAAGCGGGAGAAUCCGGGGAAGCGGAUUUGGGGAAGAAGAAAUUGCACUGGAAGCAGAGGAAAGCGAUGGAAGAAAAGAAGCAAGAGGAUGAGGGGAGGAGAAAGCAAGCGGGAGAAUCUGGGGAGGCGGACUUUGGGAAGAAGAAAUUGCAUUGGAAGCAGAAGAAAGCGAUGGAAGAAAAGGAGCAGGCGGAGAGAGCUGGAGAGGAGAAGCGGAAGUUAGGACGUGAGGGAGGGGAUGAGAGGGGCAAUGGAAGGGGGGACGAGAGGCGGGGGAAAAGGAGAAGGAUGUUAGAACGAGGGACAAAAAAGAGAGAGGUGGGAGAGGAGGAGGGUGCAGGUGAUGCGGAGGGGAAUCUGAUGAAGCCGAUUGACAAGCAGGCGGCGAGUGGUUUGUCAGAAAGGCGACUUGUGAGUCCACUCCGGGGCCAGCUCGAAAUGGAAGCGGGAGAGGAAGAGGGGGAGGAGGAGGAGGAUGCAGGUGAAGCGCAGGGGAAGCUGAGUGGGGUGCGCAGAGGAAAGGUGACGGCGAGUGAAUUGGCUGAAAGGCGGCGGAUCAAGGGAGAGCUCCUGGCGGAGGAGAUUAAGAGGGAGAUAAAGAAGCUGGUGGACACAGGGAACCUAGAGCAGCUUCUGGCAGAGGAGAUUAAGUGGGAGAUACAGAAGCUGGUGGAAACAGGGAAUCUAGAGCAGGUGAGCAGAGAGAAGGUGAGCGAGACUGGGAUGAGUCUACCUCUGAGGCGCCUCAACGGCGGGAUGGCUUCUGGCGGAGGAGAUUGA